GGGACUAUUCUGGUGUUUUGGUUUUCGCAAUAUUUAAUGUAUUUCUUUUUUAUCUUUUGAAUUGUGUGUGAAUCUUGUUGUACAUAUUUAUAAUUAAAAUUGAAUGCAACUUCUCUACAAUUUUUAGUAACCUGUCUAUGCUGAUUUUAAUGCCCUACAAGCAUAAUAAUUUGAGUAAAACCUGAAGUGACCCUACAAUUACAUACCUACCGCGACGGUAAGGAGAAGGGAGUCACAAACAGGUGAAAGAAUAAAAUUCUUGGAUUAAAAAUGGACUUUAAAGACCGAUGUCGAACAUGUUUGGCCACAAAUAAAGAUAUGCGUCCCAUACGUACUGCCAUUACGAUUGCCGGCGACGAAGUGAGUCUGGUUGAUAUACUGGACACUUUCUAUCAAUACAAGAUAUCACCAGAUGACGAGUUUUACCCUCAGAAUCUAUGCAUUAAUUGUGUACACCAGUUGACUAUCACCUAUUCAUUCAAGAAACUUAUUGAAGCAAAUGCCAAAACUUUAGCUAACAGUGCAACAACACUAGAGUCUAAUGAAGAUUACGACUACAGUUAUGAACCUGAAGAACAAUUCCAAAGAAAGAGAUCUCCAAAAAGAAAAAAUGUUGCUCAAACAAAACUGGAGAAUGAUGUAAAAUUCUUAUUUUGUGUUGAAUGCAAAGCUGAGUUUCAUUCAAUCAAAAGUCUAAAAGAACAUUGUACUGCCAUGCAUCCGGUGCAAUCAACCAUUGGGAGACAUUGCGAAUACUGUCACGAGAAGUUUGAUGAUUUCCGUUCUUUAGUAUUACACAGGAAACUGCAUUUACGGCCAUACCUCUGCGAACACUGCUGGGAAGGAUUCUACACUGUAACUGAAUCAAAUGCGCAUUCCUGCACUCCGCACAUAGAGAAGAAAGAGAGGAGUUGCAAACGUGUGUUGCAGCAAUGCGACCAGUGUGGAAAAUCUUAUCCACCGGGAUAUAUUAAAAUACAUAUGUUGACGCACAGUAAUGAUCGUGGUUACAGUUGUAAAUUUUGUCCGAAGAAGUUCAAAGUACCCGGUGGUCUACACUCACACAUACUAUGGAACCACAAAAGGACUAGGAAUCACAAAUGUGAAGUAUGCAACGCUACAUUCAUUUCGUCAAGCUCUCGGAGCUCGCAUAUACGAAAGAAUCAUUUGAAAGAAAAGAAAUACAGCUGUGGUAAUUGUGAGAAGAGGUUCUUCUCCAAAUCAGAGCUUCAGAGACAUCAGUUAACUCACACAGGCGUGAAGAACUUCCACUGCCACCUGUGUGAUAAGUCGUAUCAGACUCGUUACGGUUUGAACGUUCAUUUGAAGUCUCACACGCAGUUAUCUAUGAAUACCAUUAAUACAGCAGACCCAUUCAAAUAUGAUAGUUUAUAAUAAUUUAUUAACUACUGUAAUUAAGCAAAUCCAAAAAUAACAGUCAGUUUGCUGCAAAAACUAAUGGAAAAAUAAUGAUCUCAAUUUAGAUUAAUAUUUUGUAAAUUGUAUUUAUAAUAUGAAAAUCUUAUAGAUAAUUAAUAUAUGGAUUAAGUAAAUACAUAGGUAUCUAUUUAUCUUUUUGCAUAUAAAAUGUAAGUACAACAGGUGGACUAAUGCCAUGACAUUCUCCAGUGCAGUGUUAGCCAAAUCACAUCUGUUAACAUAAAUAUUAUUAAAAUUCAGGACAUAGUAAAUGCUUUUGACAAUUUCUUUGCAAAAAUCCCUGAGGAGCUAACUUCUGACGUUGCUCUUGUCCAUUGUGCUGUCCAUAGUCCAGUGGCAGUAAACUUAAGUUUUAAGUUAUUUAUUCCAGGUCGACGUCAACUAAUGUUGUUAAACCAAAAGUUAUUACAAUAUUAAGUGAUGUUUGAAAUGUCCCAUAAUAUAUAUUUAUUUAAUUUGAAUUAGUUUCUGGACGAAUAAAAUAAUAGUUAAGGGUUUCGGAAGAAGGGUGGUGUGGAUUUUGCCUAACGAUGAGACAAGAAGAGUGAAUGAGUGAAGAUUUCAUUUCAUUCAUUUGGGUAGGCGUAAAAAAACAUAAAAUAAAAAAUACCAGGUACUAAAAUAGUUUAAUAGUGUGAAAUAAGGUACACAAUUUAUAGGCACAACAAUAAUUAAAGAAAGUAACAAAUUGACGAAUAAAAAUCGUGGCCCAAACUUCAGUAUUUUGAGGCAAGAUGUUGAACCAUCUCACAAUCUACAAAAAUACAAUUAUCUACUCAAGUGAAAAAUAAUCAUAAUUGACAUUUUAAAAGUAACAUAAUACUUGUACAUGUUUAUAUUCUAAAAUAUAUGUGUAGAGUAGCGUCAAUUACUUAAUAAAAAUUAUAUACAUUUAAAAUUACUUCUGUCCAUUCUGCUGAAAAGUGCAGUAAUAUAUCACUAAAAUCGGCACUUUAGAAGCACCAAAGUUAAAAUGUGCAAAUUAA